UGGAGAAGCCGUACCAAACGCCCUUCCAAAAAACGGCUUCUCUCGCGAAGCACCCGUGAAGCCGUUUUCCAAUUUGUACUGGGGAGGAGAAGCCCAAAAAACCAGCUCCCCGCGGCUUCCCCUCCAUCCGCGCCCCCCAUGUUACCAAAUUACCCUUCGACUUCGGCAAAAUUACACCGAAUUGCCACCGCCUCCUUUUCCUUUCUUCCUCUCGCGAACCGUUCCUUUCUCUUCUUCUGGUAGCGCCUCCUCCGGUCUGGUCUGGCGGCGGCCGGCAUGGACCCUCCUCCGGCGGCGGGAAACUUGGAUCCGGCGGUCGAAAGGGGUAGAUCCGGUGGUGGGCUCCAAGAUGCGCCAAGCGGAGGGUCCAACGGCGCGCCGUAUGUGUCCGGCGGAGGGGCUGGCGGCGCCCCGUUCUUGUGGCCGGGAGGCCCGCCGACGGGUCCCCUGGGUGCCCUCCUGGCCGCCGCGGGAGUGCCUCCCGGCAUGGUGGCGGGCGCAUGGCCUGGAGGCGCAGCAACCGCGGCGGGCCAGCCACCGGCGCAGCAACCGGCCAUCCCAGCCGCGGCGGGCCUGGCCGCCGGCGCGUGGCCCGGCAUCCCCGGCGCAUGGCCCGGCGUCCCCAGCGCGGGGCCAUCAGCUUCCCAGGCCUCCGGCAUCCCCAACGCCGCCAUGCCCGGAGGAUGGCCGGAGUGGUGGGCCGGAGCAGCGGCGGCGGCUCUAGGGCCGGAUUGGCUCCGUGCCGAUCCUCAACAGGAGACAGCUUCACAGGAGGUUGGAGGCAAUGACGAGCGGCUGCCGGUUCGGGUCACCUCUGGUCCAGUUCGGAGCUCCUCAACUCGUCGGCGAGGUACCCGCGCACCUAGGCCACCACCGGCGGCUAGGACAGCUACUGCUCCUGCAUCUGUGGACGUCGACCUCACCGAUCCAAGGAGAAGCCGUUUUGCCAAACACUUUUCAGAAUGGCUUCAGCUUCACCAGAGAAGCUGUUUCACCAGAGCAGCCACAGCCGCAGCCGUUUCAGCCACAGCCACAGCCCUACCAAACAGGCCCUUACUUUAAUCCAUCUAUCCCCUAACCAAGUCAAACUACCCAGCUUCAUUUUUCUGGAACUACCCAGCUUCACG